AUGACCUCAACCAGAGAACUCGCAGACACUCUACCAUUCUACUCCCCUGAAGGCGACACUGAACACGAUCCGUUACACGACAACUUUGCAGCAUAUACUUUGGUUUCCCUGGACCAUGACGGUCAACAACGCUUUCUCAAAGAUUUGAACACUGGCGAUAUGACAACAAGCAACUGCAUCCUUGCACCUCAGCCAGACUUUGCUGGUCGCACACUUCGAGACAUUUACGACUACCAUAUCGAAGCCAGCAAAGAAGACAAUAAGAUGCAUCCCGAUUUCUUCAUUGUCGCCGAUCAAGAAGACUGGACCACAAAAGGCGUCCUUGUUGUAUAUCUGCAUGUUGAAAGACAGUUGAAUAAACAUGACGACGAAGAGUUUGAAUUCGAAUCAACUGUCGGAGUAUUGCGUUGUGGAAUCGACAUGGCAGAUUCCACUUGUUGCAAUCUCGAGAUCGCCAAUGUGGAUUGGACGGAAUACAAGGAGGAAGAGGAAGAAGAGUGGGGCGGUGAGAAUCCCUUCACGAAUCCGAGAUACGCCAAAUAUAACUGGCAGACGGGCGAGCUGAACUGA